GGACGAAUAAACAAAAAUAAAUGUCAAAUUGACAUUUCACUAUCAGACCAAAAAUGUUGUGAUUUCUACUCGAAAUUGUGUAUUUGAGGAACUAUUCAAUCAAUUACACUGAAAACAAUAAAUGUUUAAUGCUGUAGUGUAAUAUUCUUAAUAGUUUUACGUUGACAUAAUACAUAAUCGAAUAUGUCUAUUGAAAUUGAGUCCGCAGAUGUGAUCCGGCUCAUCCAGCAGUAUUUGAAGGAGUCCAACCUGACCAAGACAUUGCAGACGCUGCAAGAGGAGACGGGCGUCUCGCUGAACACGGUGGACAGCGUGGACGGGUUCUGCGCCGACAUCAACGCGGGCCACUGGGACGCCGUGUUGAAGGCGGCCGCCUCGCUCAAGCUGCCCGACCGCAAGCUGAUGGAGCUGUACGAGCAGGUGGUGCUGGAGCUGGUGGAGCUGCGCGAGCUGGGCGCGGCGCGCGCGCUGCUGCGCCAGGCGCCGCCCUGCCUGCUCAUGAAGGCGCUGGAGCCCGACCGCUACAUGCACCUGGACGCGCUGCUGGCGCGCUCCUACUUCGACCCGCGCGAGGCCUACGGCGGCGGCGGCGGCAAGGAGCGGCGCCGGGCGGCCGUGGCCGCGGCGCUGGCGGGCGAGGUGUCCGUGGUGCCCAGCAGCCGCCUGCUGGCGCUGCUCGGCCAGGCGCUCAAGUGGCAGCAGCACCAGGGGCUGCUGCCGCCCGGCACCACCAUCGACCUGUUCCGCGGCAAGGCAGCCAUGCGCGACGAGCACGACGACACCUGCCCCACCGUGCUCUCCAAGAUAAUCAAGUUCGGACAGAAAUCGCAUGUGGAGUGCGCCAGGUUCUCGCCGGACGGUCAGUACCUGGUGACGGGCUCGGUGGACGGGCUCGUGGAGGUGUGGAACUUCACAACGGGCAAGAUCCGCAAGGACCUGCGCUACCAGGCGCACGACGAGUACAUGAGCAUGGACGAGGCCGUGCUGGCGCUGGCCUUCGCCCGGGACUCGGACACGCUGGCCGCCGGCUCCAACGACGGCAAGGUCAAGGUGUGGAAGGUGUCGUCGGGCGCCGUGCAGCGCCGGCUGGACCGCGCCCACAGCAAGGGCGUCACCUGCCUGCAGUUCACGCGCGACGGCACGCAGCUGCUGUCCGCCUCCUUCGACAAGACCAUCAGGAUCCACGGGCUCAGGUCCGGCAAGCUGCUGAAGGAGUUCCGCGGGCACACGUCGUUCGUGAACGAGGCCGUGUUCACGCCGGACGGGCACGCCGUGCUGUCGGCCUCGUCGGACGGGUCCGUCCGCGUGUGGGCCGUGCGCUCGGGCGAGUGCAGCGCCGUGCUGCGGCCCGCCGCGGCCGCGGGCGGCGCCGACCCGCCCGUGCACUCGCUGCUGCUCACGCCCAACAACCCCGACCACUUCGUCGUGUGCAACCGCACCAGCACCGUGGUCAUCAUGAACACGGCGGGCCACAUCGUGCGCUCCUUCAGCUCGGGGCGGCGCGAGGCGGAGGGCGGCGCCCUGGCGGCUGCGGCGCUGUCCCCGCGCGGCCGCCUCGUGUACUGCGCCGGCGAGGACCUCGUGCUCUACGCCUUCUGCGCCAACACCGGCAAGCUGGAGCGCACACUCAACGUGCACGAGAAGGCGGUCAUCGGCAUGACGCACCAUCCGCACCAGAACCUGCUGGCCACCUACAGCGAGGACGGCCUGCUCAAGCUGUGGAAGCCGUAGACCUGGCUCGCAGGCACGAUGCUCUCCGAUUAUUUUAGGUUAAAACGUGAGUUAUCUGAAGCGUGACUGAGCGAGACGUGUGUAAUUAAUUAUAAAAUUUGUAAAACAAUUUUCUUUCAAUAAAACUUAUUUAAGUC